CACACACACACACACACACACACACACACACACACACACACACACACACACACACACACACACACACACACACACACGGCCAUGGGAUGCGACAGCUGAGGAAUCAGUCGCUCUUUGGAUCCCAUUGUGAAGAGAAGGACAGCAGCAGUAGUGGUCCACUUCUUUUUCCUGGUUCAAGGCAUCCGGCAGUCCGGCUCUGGUCAACAUGGGUCCUCGCGAGGUGGUGCAAGUGAUGGGUGUCUUGGUGGUCAUCGCCCUCACGCCCGCUACAUCCACAGAUAUCAUUUUUCCUGACGAAGUUUGCAUUGACGGCGACCCGCGGUGUCCUGCGCUGGCUGUGGUGGGUUACUGUUCUUCAAAUUCGGUGUACAUGAGCAGAGUGUGUCGGCACUCUUGCAGCCUGUGCGUCACCGCUGAAGACUCCAAAGCCGGCUCCCAACCUUAUGAAGACCGCGGCGAAGUGGUGCUUACUUCGACGCUCCCCCCAGAAAUCACCACUAAGCCAAGACGGUCUAUCGUUAAUCCUGACUUCGAGUGUGGCGGUCUCCCCUCUCCAGUCCUCACCAGGUCAAGGAGCCAAGGCGCCACUCAGGAUCUGCAGCAAGAGAACAGUGGCUUUGCAUUCGAACCAUCCAAAACAAACGGGACACAGCCCAUCGAACACAACAGCUGCGGGGCGUCUGUGAUCAGUGACCGCUUCAUCGUCACCUCCGCCUACUGUGUCAUCAACAGAAACAUAACUAUGGUGCGUCUGGGUGACAUUGAUCUCGCACGGGAUAACGAAACUAACUCCAACCCAUCUGACUACGGAGUUAUCGACGUCAUCCUGCCUCCUGAAUUCACUGAGGGCGUGCUGUACAACGACAUCGCACUGCUCAAGACGGACCGCAAGAUCGAGUUUAAUGAUGCUGUGUUCCCUUACUGUGUGUCUUCCUCCCCGCCCCCCGUAGGCACCGAGGUCAUUGUGGCCGGGUUUGGCUUCAUUAAUGAGACACACAAGUCCACUCACUUGAUGGAGGCAACGCUCGGGGUGCUGCCGUUGGCCGAGUGCGAGCAGAAAUACUUGGAUAAGGAGGGAGAGCGGCUGAAGAAGGCAUAUCCAUCACUACUGCAGGAAAGAUCAGGCCUCUUGUGUGCCGGGGACAAGAAAAGCGGCGUGUGCAGGGGUGACGAGGGCGGCCCACUCUUCCGGCAGAGAGAGGACGGCAGUCGGUACCUGGAGGGCCUCAUCAGCUUCACGGGGAGUUUCUGCGGCGAUGGCGUGCUGCCUGGGAUCUUCACGGCGAUUGCGGACUAUGUGGACUUCAUUGACGACGCCAUCUACGGCACCGAGAAUCCCUGAGGGCCUGAAGGGUGACGCAUGUGUGUGUGUAAGUAAGUAAGUAAGUAAAGGUUUAUUGCCCAUUAGCAUAAAUACAUUUGAGAAAGACAUGUUUACAAACGAAAAGAAAAAUGGCAGAGACUGUCAAGCCGAAGCUUCCCGACAGUCACAUUUAUGUACAUAACUAUGAUUAUUGUUUACACCAACACCAAAUUGCAAUAUUUUAGGUAAAUUGCCUAAAGAAUCAUUUAGGUAACUAGAAUAGUAAUAAUAACAUCCAUAUCUAAUAAUGACAAGAACAAAGCUUAGCAAAUCACAACAAACAUACUGCAAAUUCAAAAACGAUCACGAAAGGAAAUUAACAGCGCAUACAAUAUCACAUUAGAAGAUACAUCUAUAAAAAUCUGUUUGUUAUACAUGGUAAAGGCAAAGAGGAAGGGAAAAUCUUAGAUAGAAAUGUUUGUUUUGCAUUUAAAUGUUAAAUUUAGAAUAUCAUGUAUUUUGGCAGUUAUAUAAGUAUGUCUUCAAAGAUUUUUUAAAAGUGGACAAGUUAUCAUUAUAAAGAAGUGUUUUUAUUUGAAAAGGUAAUGAAUUCCAUAUUUGUGGACCGGAGCAUAAUACACUAUGUUUAAAAAGAGUCGUUCUGAAUUGCGGGCACAUGAGAUUGACAUUAUUACCCCGAAUAUUGUAUGAUGUCUGUACCAAUUUGAAAGGUUGAGCUCCGGAAUAUUGUGUAAAGUACUUAUAAAUACUUAACAAUAGGAAAUGUUUAUGAAUAUUUGAAAAAGUAAGAAAAUUGUGUUCAUUAUAUAUGUUGCGUGUUGAUUCAAACCUAUUCAAAUGAAAAACACAUCUAAAUAUUUUAUUUUGAGCAAUAGUUAUUUUCUUAAUGAAAGACUGCCAAGUACACGCCCAGAUUGCUACGCAAUAGGUGAGGUGGGGGUAACAGAGGGUGUAAUAAAUACUAGUGAGUGAUUCAAUUGUGAGACUAUUACGAACUCUAAACAAAAUACCACACAUCCUUGAUAAUUUAUUUGUAACAAAAGAAAUCUGUUUAUUCCAAUUAAUAUUUUCAUCUAUAUAGACACCCAAAAAUUUUGUGAAUUCUACUCUGUUCAAUAUGUUUCCUGCAAUAGUAACAGGGGGAAACUCAUGAUGUACAGAGCGAUUUUGGAACAGUAUGUAAUUUGUUUUGCAAUAUUUAAGCUCAAACUAUUUAUUUUAGUCCAAUGAUAAAUUUUUCUUAAUUCUGUAGCCAAAUCUGUGUGAAGAUUGUUAAUAUUUGAGUUGUUUAACAGUAAAUUUGUAUCAUCAGCAUA